GAUAUGUAAUGGGAAAUGGGUCUAGGCUUCUGUAAUAAGUCAAAUAUAUUUUUUAAUAUAGCUCUAAUAUUUAUUAAAUUUGUUAAAAUUUAGGUGUAUCGUUAUUUUCAAAUGUAAUUUACCGAUUUCCAAAAGUUGCAAUCAAAUGUUAUGUUCUAAAUAAUGCAUUAGAUGGUAUUUACUCUCAAGUGUCAUGAAUAGUUCUUAUGACUGCAGAAAAACAUUGCGUGUAAAAAUGAGUUAUUUUCAUGUUGUCUACAUGGCUUUUUCAGUGUACCCUAAAGUGGUGUGAUCUUUCAUUUUAAAUAUGCCACCACCCCCUCCGCCGGCACCUCCACCGUUGCCUAAGCUGCCAACUGGGGCUAAAUCAGGCAACUCUCAACCACCUCCUGAUCGAAAUGCUCUACUUUCACAGAUCAGGAAGGGAACACAAUUGAAGAAAGCUGAGACAAAUGACAGAAGUCAGCCAGCCAUUGAAGGUAAAACAUCUUCAAGUACUUCAAAUAAAAGAACUGUAGAUAGUAAAUCUAAUGGCCCAUUCCCAAUUAUUCCUCCUGGGGGAUUAUUUGCCCAAGGCAUUCCAAAAUUGCGGCCUACAACUCCUCGUAAUGGUGACAGUGCACCAUCAUCUCUAGUUAUUCAGAGUAUAAAGUCUGGCAGUAGUGCUUCAUCUUUGGAUCAUUUGCGGGUCGGGCAACUGAGUGGAAGUCGUUCACAACCUCCUAGUCCUGUAUCAAAGCCGCGUGUUGCAAAUUAUCGGACUCCUAGUUUAGAAAUUAAAGAAAAUUUCAAUGCAUCUGGUGGAAACCCAAACUUUCCUAAUGAUGUCAAUUUCAAAGGUCCUGCUCCGAUUCCUCCACCAGCCAGUCAAAAACCUGUCUUCAGAUCCAACACGAAAGUCGAACCCUCUGUGCAACCGGACUCAUCCGUGAAGCAUACGACAGUCAAGCGCUCUGCAUCUCAGACGAACCUCGGACAGAGACCUCGCCUUACUCGCCCGCCUCCCAAUGUGAAACCUCCCCCACCCCCCAAAAGCAGUCCCGUUGCUCCACCCCAAUCUGUGCCUCCUCCCCCACCAUCAAAGCCUCCGAACAUCCUCCGGAGGCAGAGCUUCGGAACCGGGGAAAGUCACAAUUCACGAUUUACUUCCAUGAAACUGUCUGUUGCCAAUAAUGUUGCCCCUAAGCCCGUGGCCAAAAGCAUAGGGCCACCUCCGCCUCCCCCACCGCCCCCAAGGAACAAUAGUGCGCCAAAUGAUCUCAAUCAAAUGGGCACAAACUCCUCGCCAGGCAAUCACUGGAAUAAAAUGAACAUUGCUCCUCCCCCGCCUCCUAAUCGAGCUGCAUUGGUGAAUAGCAGAUCGGCGCCAGUCAGGCCGCCUCCUCCAAGGGCACCGGCUCCUCCUCCUCCACCACCACCACAGCACCAGUUUCCUGCUCACCCUGCUCCACCAUCACAGUUGAAAGCAAUGCCAGCAACUAACAUGGCACCUACGCCGCCAACUAGGGUAUCUUCAAUGAAACAGUCGGCUGAUUUUGAAGAAAGGUUUAAAUCUAUGUUUUGCCCAGCACAAAAUUUGCCAAAACCUGACAAGUUCAUGAACAUUCAGAAAAGUUAUCCUAGCAAAUUGAACCGACAGAAGCAAAGCACGAGACGAUUGCCUCCUCCUCCCCCGCCCCAAAAUAGAACAAACUUGACUGAUGCUGGCCGUAGUCAACCUGUUCUCCACAUCCAGUUGGAUUCGGGAAUCUUUUCCAACAAUGUCGCUCAUUGUUGAUCCUGUCUUUCAGAUGCAUAAAAGUGACAGAAUAACAAACUGAACUAAACAUAAACUUUGCUUGUAAAUAGAUAAAACCAAUAACAUUGGCUGUCACGUGACUGGCUGCCUGUAAAAGAAAAGGAUAAUGAUUCUUCAAGACUUCGUUCCUUAGUCUCUUUGCCCUGCAAUCAUGUGGCUGACUGCAUCGUAACUUGUAGCAUAUUUGUUUAAUGGCGGGGAUAUUUUAACCUGCGGUAUUGUUGUGUAAUAUGGUGAAUAUAUUUGCACUUGUAAAAAUUGUUAGCAAUAUUUAAGAGAAAAUAAUUUUUCAAAGAAAUUAUAUUUCUAAUUGUAAAUAGGAAUCUAUCAAUAAGAGAGCGAUCUAAUGAAAACCUACAGAUUCCUAAGCUUCAUAUUUUUAAUAUUUCUAUUUUGCUUCAAUUGUAGUCAAAUUAAAUAAUUUCUUAAUAUC